AUGGCAACGCCAUCGAUAACGGUCUUCCCUGACCGCAAGGUCUCCAAAAUCAACCGGAACAUCUAUUCAGGCUUCACAGAGCACAUGGGCCGCUGCAUAUACGGCGGAAUCUAUGAUCCAACAAAUCCAAACAAGGACCUCGUCGACGCUGAAGGGUUUCGAAAAGACGUGGUUGACGCCCUGAAGCCGCUCGACGUCCCCGUCUUUCGAUACCCGGGGGGCAAUUUCUGCGCCACUUACCACUGGCAGGACGGGAUUGGGCCACGAGACCAGCGUCCCUCCAGACCGGAGCUGGCAUGGGACAAUGUCGAGACGAACCAUUUCGGAACAGACGAGUUCAUGGCCUGGUGCAAGGCUGUGAAUGCCGAGCCCUAUCUCUGUCUCAAUUUCGGCACCGGCACGCUCGACGAGGCCAUGGCGUGGGUCGAGUACUGCAACGGCACCAAGGAUACCUACUACGCGAAUCUUCGACGGAAAAACGGCCACCAAGAGCCGUACAAGGUCAAGUAUUGGGCGCUGGGUAACGAGAUGUGGGGACCCUGGCAGGUCAACCAGAUGACGCAGGAAGCGUACGCGGAGCGAGCUCUUCAAUGGGCGAAGGCCCUGAAACUUCUCGAUCCCAACAUCCAGCUCAUCCUGUGCGGCAAAGAGGGCCCCACGAGCUGGGACUACCACACCCUGAAACACUGCCUGCAGCCGGCCGGCCUGAGUGACCUGGGAGAGGAGCGUGUCCCUCUGAUCGACAUGCACAGCAUCCACCUAUACACCGCGAGCGACGAUCACUACGAGAACGUGACGGCGCCGCUUGCCGCGGAGCGCAGCAUCGAAGUCUGCACGAGCCUGAUCGACCUCGCCUUCGUCGAGAACAAGAUUGGCCCGGCCCAGAAGCGGCCGACCAUCUGCUUCGACGAGUGGAACGUGUGGCUGCCCACUCGUGCCGUGGGAAGCCAGGGCGCCGAGGAGACGUACACUCUCUCGGACGCGCUGGCCGUGGCGGUGUGGUUGAACGUGCUGGUCCGCAAGUCCAAGGACGUGAGCAUGGCAUGCAUCGCGCAGAGCGUCAAUGUGAUCAGUCCGCUGAUGACCACGGAGAGAGGGACCGUCAAGCAGACGACCUGGUGGCCGUACGAGCUGUUCUGCAGGUUCAUGAAGGGCCACCAGAUCGCCGUACACCUCGAGUGCGACUCCUAUACCGGCCCAACGAAGCCGGACUGGGUGAGGGCGCUCAAACCGACGCCCUGGUUAGAUGUCAGUGCUACGCUGGACGAUGAGGGCUGGGUGACCCUCUGCGUGGUCAACAUUCACGCAGAGCAUGAUCUGAAGACGGCACUGGGAGGCCUGGAUGCACCAUCAAAUGUCGAGGUCUAUAUCGUCACAGGAGCAAAUCUUCAGGUCACAAACAUGUCUGGAAAAGAGGAGGUCGGUUUGCAGAAGUCGGAAUGGGAUCCAAGGAAGUCCUCGACAUUCGUCUUUCCAAAGAGUUCCAUCACGAUGCUGAGAUGGAAACACUCAUAG